UCUGCAAUUAGCAUGCCCUUCCCUUGUCAGUUGUCAUCCGCCCGUGCGCGUUUACAAUCUCUCUCUCUCUCUCUCUCUCUGCUGCGUCGUGCAGAAUCAAUAGCCGAUCCUCUCCCGAAAUGCAGUGAGUCUCUCAAAUAGCAUCAAAAUUCGUUCUUAUUUCAUACAGAUUAAUAGUCUAUUUCUUUUUGUAAUUCUAUUGCGGUUCUGUAUCAAUCUCUGUUUAAACAUAUACACGCACAUGGGUUGCACUGUAAGAGAGAAACACAUCAGAGCGAAUCGGAGGCUCCGAUCGGUGAAACCUGAAUUCGAUUCCAAUGCUCAUUUAGACAGAGCAUCAAUCUCGAAAUCCGUAUUCGAUUCUAGUCUCAAAUCUUGGAAAUACCGUCUGGAUCAUCUGGGUCUCAAGGACUCGACCCAAAACCCUGAUUCUAAUGACCCUGAUACCGAAGAUAACGGGUGGGGCUACUGCACCGAGGAACAAAUAGAGGAGUUUCUGUUAAAAAACUUGGAAUUCCUCUACAAUGAAGCUAUUUCUAAGCUUGUUGCAUUGGGAUAUGAUGAGGAUGUUGCCCUUAAAGCGAUUUUGAGAAACGGGCAUUGGUAUGGUGGUAUGGAUGUUUUGACAAACAUUAUGCAUAACUCCUUGGCGUAUUUGACUAGUAGUGGUAUUACUGAUCGAGGUAACGGUGGUGGUGAUGGGAAUUCGGAUGAUUCAGAGCCUGUGUUCACGGAUUUGAGGCAGUUGGAGGAGUACUCGCUUGCGGGUAUGGUGUGUAUUUUGCAGCAGGUUAGACCAAAUUUGAGUAAGGGUGAUGCCAUGUGGUGUUUGCUUAUGAGUGAACUUCAUGUGGGUCGGGCGAGUAGCAUUGAAAUCCCGGUGCUUCCUUUGAAUAUGGGAAAUGAGGAUCUUAGUGGUGGUCCUGCUGUGUCUAAUGGUGUUGAGAGUGUGGGUGGUCGUGGUGUUAUAGCCCCAGCACUUUGUAGGUUUCAUGGUGGGUGGGGUUUUGGGAAUGGGGGAGGGUCGGAGUUUCCAGUUAAUGAGGUGACUUUGCCGAGAGAUAUUGAGUGCCCAAAGAGGUUUAAUCUUUCUCCUUCGAUGAAGUCAUUAUUAAAAAGGAAUGUUGCAAGUUUUGCUGCUGGUUUCCGGGCCAACUCAAAACAGCUGCAGCUACAGUCUCAAGCGUGCCCGAGUGCUUUGUCGCAUGGGCAUACCCAUGUUGUAUUGGGAGCUGAAGUUCCAGCUGAGCAGAAUGAAGAUUCUUUGGGUCUUAACAACCAAGAGGUUGUAAACUCGGUUUUGAGUAAAUUUCGUGAUUUGAAGCUUGAUGAGAGUUGGGAUUCAGUGGCAGAAGAUCAGAAGGAUGAGAUGAUUGUAACUUUGCUUCAUCAGGUAAAGGAUCUUGAGAAACAAGUGAAGGAUCGGAAGGAAUGGGCACAUCAGAAGGCAAUGCAAGCUGCGAGAAAGCUUUGCCAUGAUCUGACUGAGCUUAAAAUGUUGAGAAUGGAAAGGGAGGAGACUCAAAGGUUGAAGAAAGGGAAACAGACUCUUGAUGAUACAACCAUGAAGAGACUCUCGGAGAUGGAGAAUGCAUUGAGAAAGGCUAGUGGUCAAGUGGACAGGGCAAAUGGGGCUGUGAGACGACUUGAGACUGAGAAUGCUGAAAUCAGAGCAGAGAUGGAGGCUUCUAAAUUAAGUGCAUCAGAGUCAGUUGAGACAUGUUUGGAGGUUGCAAAGAGGGAGAAAAAGUGCAUGAAGAAGCUUUUGGCAUGGGAAAAACAGAAAACAAAGUUGCAGGAGGAGAUUGCAGACGAGAAACAGAAGAUCAUGGAAUUGCAACAACAGCUGGUUCUAAUCACACUGGCUCAGAAAGAAGCUGAGGAAAAGUGGAGGCAGGAGCUGAAGGCCAAAGAGCUAGCCUUUGCACAAGUGGAGGAGGAACGACGCUCCAAGGAAGCUGCCGAGGCCAGUAACAAAAGAAAGGUUGAGGCUUUGCGUCUAAAGAUAGAAAUAGACUUCCAGCGGCACAAGGAUGAUCUUCAGAGACUUGAGCAAGAACUUUCACGUCUAAAAGCUUCUGCUCCAUCCCCUGAGUCGCAUUAUCCAUCAAAUAUGGUCUCCACAGCAUAUGACGAGGAAGCAAAACCAAAAGGAGAAACAAUUGCUAAGCUGCUUCAUGAAUUAUAUGGUCAGGAAGAUUCCUCAGAUAAAGAAGCCAAUUGUGAUAGAGAAUGCAUGAUUUGUUCGAAAGAUGAAGUGUCAAUCGUUUUCUUGCCGUGUGCUCAUCAAGUUCUAUGUGCCAACUGCAGUGAUAGUUAUGGUAAAAGGGGUAAAGCUACUUGUCCGUGUUGCAGGGUCCCAAUUGAACAAAGAAUCCGUGUUUACGGGGCAAGAUAGUUUAUUUUAGUUUGAGUCGUGAACUGAGGGGACUCAUGGAUAAUAAUUGUAAGAGCAUUACAAAUUG